AUACUAAUCAAGAACUGAGCAAUCAAAUAAUCAAAAAUUAUAUGAUCUAUCAAUGCCCUUCUGCUUAUAAAUAUAACUACCCUUCAAAGUUCAAACCGAACAACUGACCAGUUUGAGAUUCAGAUUGAACAGAGCAGCGACUUCCUUGCAUUUCCCAUAGUAUUGUUGCACAUAGUCCAAGAUCAAUGACCAAAAAGAUUGGCCUCAUACAGUUUCUACCUACUCUAUUGCACUAACAUAUGCUUUUUCUUUAUCUUAAAAUGGGAAUGAUUAUCUUUGUAUGACAAUCAUCAUAUUCUCAACUCCAUUUUCUUCUCCACUAAUAAUAACUAGCUAUCUCCUUCUCUCUCGUCUCUCUGUCCUAACGGUCUGAUUGCAUUAGACAAGGAGAAAGAAUGCAAGAGAUGAGAGUUUCAAGGUUUUGGGUACUUGUAUUGGUUUCUUGUUUCUUCUGCAAAUCCAAAGGGGCCAUUGUUCCUGCACUCAUCAUGUUCGGUGAUUCCAUUGUUGACGUUGGCAACAAUAAUAACUUACUCAGCAUUGUCAAAUCAAACUUCCCGCCUUAUGGCAGAGACUUCACCAAUCAAACACCCACCGGAAGAUUCUGCAAUGGAAAACUCGCUGUAGAUUUCUCAGCUGAGUACCUUGGCUUUUCUUCAUACCCACCUGCGUUCUUAAACCGAGAAGCAAGAAACGAGGAUUUCUUAAUUGGCGCCAACUUUGCAUCAGCGUCUUCCGGAUACUAUGAUGCCACAUCUGUUCCCUUUGGCGCCAUCCCCUUAACACGACAGCUGAGCUAUUACAGGACGUAUCAAAACAGAGUGAGGAGCAUGAUCGGAAGGGAGAGAGCACGCACUAUGUUCUCUAAAUCUAUCCAUAUUUUGAGUGCGGGAUCUAGCGACUUUCUUCAGAACUAUUACAUCAAUCCUCUGCUCAACAUCCUAAAUACACCUGAGCAGUUCUCUGAUACUCUCAUGCGAUCUUACUCAGAGUUCAUCCAGAAUCUGUAUGAACUAGGAGCGAGGAGAAUUGGAGUGAUAUCGUUACCGCCAAUGGGUUGCCUGCCUGCAGCCAUAACUCUUUUCGGUGCAGGAAACAAGAGUUGUGUCGAGAGGCUCAACAAUGAUGCUGUCAUGUUCAACACCAAACUUGAAUCCACAACCCAAACAUUGAUGAAACGACACUCAGGCCUCAAGCUUGUCGCCUUUAACGCCUACCAACCUCUCAUGGACAUCAUCACCAACCCAUAUGACAAUGGAUUCUUUGAAACAAAAAGGGCAUGCUGUGGAACGGGAACAAUAGAGACAUCGUUCCUUUGCAAUUCUCUAUCCUUGGGAACGUGUUCAAAUGCCACAGGAUAUGUGUUUUGGGAUGGAUUUCAUCCCACAGAGGCUGUGUACGAGCUUUUGGCUGGUCAACUAUUGAGUCAAGGGAUUUCUCUAAUCUCUUGAAUUAAAUUCCAUCUCGAUGAAUUCAAACUGUAUACCUACAAACAGCUACCCUUGUCUCUCCCUCUCUCUCUUUCUAGGGAUAUGUGUCUGGGACGAAGUAUCUGACUCUCAUAAACUAAAAAAUAAGAGAGAGCGCGUGUCUGUGUGUGUGUGUGAAUGUUGAAACUACCAAUUUGUUUUGUGUGAUGCGUCAAUAGAUACAAGCGUUGUCAAAGACGAUCACGAUCUUUGGUAAUUUGUGUUCCUUGAUUUAUCUCUAGAGCAUUUUUAUUAUUUUA